AUGAAGGCCAAGGAGGACUUUGAAUCGGCAGAAAAAAAUAUUUCUCCGCCUCGUCAAGCACAUGCUGCCCCCACUAGCGGUAUGGAAAAUGUGAAUGACGAUGUUGCAGCUACCACGAGCAAGAAUAGAGCAAAAGAAGUGGUGGUAAUUGCUGGUGAUUCACUAAUUAAGAAUGUUGUCGUAGCAAGCAUGAGCAAGACUGACCCUAAUCACUAUUACGUCGUUAAAGCAUUCCCUGGUGCAAAUCUUUCUGAUAAGGAAGAUUUCAUUAAACCUAUCACCCGAAAAUCACCCGAAAAAAUCAUCUUACAUGUUGGAACGAACGACUUAAAGAAUUCUCCUGCAAAAGUAAUUGCCGAUUCAUUACUGAAUCUGACGACCCAGAUAAAGGAAGAUUCGCCAACUACUGUGGUAGGUAUAUCAGCUUUGUUGACCAGAAAUGAUAAUGCAAACCUAGCCACUAAAGUUAAACAAGUUAACUUUAUCCUAGAUAAUUAUUGUCGUAUGAAUAAGAACCAUUCUUAA